GGAAUACCCUUUCGUCACCCCCCAAGAUUCUGCCCCCACUGAACAUUUUCCCCCAAAAUCCAAUCUCCGGCAUGGACUGAGACCCCUUCUCCGACAUCGACAUCGGCUCCCCCUCCCGUAAAGAUUCAAUCUUGAUGCCAACCCCGAAGCGAUUCCUCUGAAAUCAAGAAAACCCACAUCCUCAAUUUCCUCGACAACCUCGGUUCCGAUGUCGGGUCCUUCAAUCAUGGAGACACUCUUCCAGCGGACCCUCGAGGACCUCAUCAAGGGAAUCCGCCUGCAACUGAUCGGCGAGUCCGCCUUCAUCUCCAAGGCAAUGGAGGAAAUCCGGAAAGAGAUCAAAUCCACCGAUCUUCAGACCAAAUCCAUUGCCCUCCAGAAGCUCUCCUACCUCAGCCCCCUCCAUUUCGUCGACAUGUCCUGGGCCGCUUUCCACUGCAUUGAGUGCAUGUCCUCCCCUCGCUUUGCUCAGAAGAGAAUUGGGUACGUCGCCGUCUCUCAGUCCUUCAAUGAGCACACCCCUGUUUUACUGCUCAUCACCAAUCAGCUUAGGAAAGAUCUCGGUAGUGUUAACGAGUUCGAUGCUGGUUUAGCUCUCGAUUGCUUAGCGAACAUCGCCACUGUUGAUCUUGCUAGAGACCUGACUCCUGAGGUCUUCACGUUGUUGGGCAGUAGCAAAGUUUCUGUUAGGAAAAAGGCUAUCGGUGUAAUCUUAAGGGUAUUUGAGAAAUACCCAGAUGCAGUUCGGGUCUGUUUCAAGCGGUUAGUCGAGAAUUUGGAUAGUCCUGAUUCGCGAAUCCUGUCUGCUGCUGUUGGGGUUUUCUGUGAGCUUGCAUCACGGGAUCCACGCUCGUACUUGCCCCUAGCGCCAGAGUUUUAUCGUGUAUUGGUUGAUUCGAAGAACAAUUGGGUUCUAAUUAAGGUUUUGAAGAUAUUUGCGAAGUUGGCUCCUCUGGAGUCGAGGCUAGCGAAAAGAGUUGUGGAGCCAAUUUGCGAUCAUAUGAGGAGGACCGGAGCUAAGUCAUUGAUGUUUGAGUGUAUUAGGACAGUGGUUAGUAGCUUGAGCGAGUAUGAGUCCGCUCUGAAGCUCGCUGUCUUGAAGAUCCGGGAGCUGUUGAUGGACGAGGAUCCUAACCUCAAGUAUCUCGGCUUACAUGCUCUCUCGAUUGUUGCCCCGAAACACUUGUGGGUGGUUCUGGAGAAUAAGGAGGUUGUGAUUAAGUCCCUGAGUGAUUCGGACUCAAAUAUCAAGUUUGAGUCUCUACGUCUCGUGAUGGCGGUGGUUUCUGAGAGCAAUGUGGUUGAGAUCUCGCGGGUUUUGCUCAAUUAUGCGCUAAAGUCCGAUCCCGAGUUUUGUAACGUGAUUCUUGGGUCGAUCUUAUCAGCCUGUAGCCGGAAUGUUUACGAAAUGGUGAUGGAUUUUGAUUGGUAUGUACUACUGCUCGGGGAGAUGUCGAGGAUUCCCCAAUGCCAAAAGGGCGAGGAUAUUGAGAAUCAGCUUAUUGACAUUGGAAUGAGAGUCAGAGAUGCAAGGCCCGAGCUCAUUCGCAUGGCCCGCAGCUUGCUUAUUGAUCCUGCGUUGCUUGGGAAUCCAUUCUUGUAUAGAAUAUUAUGUGCUGCUGCAUGGGUUUGUGGAGAAUAUGUGGAGUAUUCGACUAAUCCAUUCGAACUUGUGGAAGCACUGUUACAACCUCGUACGAGCCUGUUGCCCCCUUUGAUAAGAGCAGUGUAUCUUCAGUCGGUUCUUAAGGUUUUGACUUUCUGCAUACAUUCUUACUUGCGAAAUAAGAGCAGCGGAUUGUUUCCAUUUACUGAUAAUUUGGAAGGAGUUGUUUCAGAAUCUAUGUCUAAGGGGAAAACACAAGAAGCUUCCGAUCUUCCAACCCCUGCACAAGAUGAUGUGUUCAAUCCGAGGAUUUCAGAUGAUAAUCCAUACGAGGACCUUCCCCUGGAAAAUAACGGGGAGGAUUCAAAAUUUGAUUCUUUUGAGAAGAAUGGGUUUACUCGAGAAUCUAUUGUCAAUCUUUUGAAUCUCAUCGAACUGGCUGUGAAACCAUUGCUUGGAAGCCUUGAGGUGGAAAUACUGGAGAGGGCACAGAAUGUUCUCGGCCUCAUCGAGUUAAUCAGGCAAGAAUUUCCUGAUCAGUUAUCCCCCAGGAAAGAAAUCUUGGCCAAAGAGGAAUCUGAAGUCUCGAAAUUGAUCAGAUCAAUGAAUGAUGCCUUCUGUGAAGAGCUUGGUCCCGUCUCAGUCACGGCUCAGGAUAGAGUUCGAGUACCUGAAGGUCUGGUCCUUGAGGAGAAUCUCAAAGAGUUGGAUACAAUCUGUGGUGAUAUACAACCAUCUACCUCGAGCUUUUUUGCACCACGAUAUGGGGAGAGAAUAGAAGAAUCUCUUGCUUCCGAUUUGCAAAACGGGGAAGAUUCCGAACCAUCGAGAGAGUCCACAUCUCUACUUAUUGAGCAUCGGAAGAGACAUGGUUUGUACUAUCUUCCUUCGAGUGCAUCGAAUGAUUACCCACUCGCAAAUGACUUGAGAUCGGGAGAGAAUGAUCGGGAUGAAACUGAAGAUUUCGUGAGACUCACUGCUCAGUCUCUUGCCCCGAAGAAGAAGCCAAAUUAUUCGAAGCCAAGGCCUGUGGUUGUUAAAUUGGAUGAAGGAGAAGUGACCCUCUCUGUUGCUUCGAAGAAGCCAAGCUCAAAGUAUGAUUUGCUAUCGGGAGUUAUACAGGAUGUUCUACAAGAAACGAAUCUGAUGGAUAAAUCGUCAAGAAAAGGUAAGGAGAAGGUAAGCAGUGAUGUUCCUCAAGGAUCGAAGGAGAACGUGCAGGAUCCAGAAGAUCCUCGGAGGGAGAAGUCGGGCUUGAGAAAGAGCAAGCACCGGUCUCAUGGUAAAGAGAGGAAGCACAAGGAUCCCGAUCAGGUUGACGGCAAGAAGGAUGGGAAGAGUGAGAGGGCAAGGGAGAAGAGCAGUCAUAGGCACGGGAGAAAAAAGACACGGCAAAGAGCAGAAGGGCCGCUGAAUGUGUCCGCUCAAACACCGGUAAUCCCCGACUUCCUGUUGUAGUAACGAGUCUUCUUGAAUUCGCGUUUCUCCUCAUUUACAAAUCUGGUGGAUGGAGCGUUUGAUAGUAUCUUCUGCGGUAGAUUUGACACCCUUCUUUUUUUAUUUUUGGGGAUGAUUUUACACAGAUUGGUUUGUCAUUUCAUACAAUGUCAAAGUUCGGUUACAAAAGAAGUAAAAAAAUAUAAUUGGAUUGGACUGUUUUGUUUAGUCUAAAUCCAUAUUUGCGAGAAAA